UGCAUCUUUAAACCGACCGGUUCAACGGUGGUGUUAAUUCAAUAUGUGUUAUGUCGGUUCGACGCCACGUAACCAAUAAAAAUGAUGACUGGGGAUGGACUGCCUACUAUCACUGAUCUUAUUUAAUUAGUCAAUAAGUUUGUGUUGUGUGCUUAUUUAGCUCUGUUCAUAGAACCAAAGAUACAUGGCGACUCUAGGCCAUAUCGCGAGAGAAUCAUCCGACGUCACACGCCUCGCCCAGUUCUACAAAGAGGUAUUUGGGUUUGAGGAGAUCGAAAGCCCUGAUUUUGGAGACUUGAAGGUGAUAUGGCUAAACUUACCAGGUGCUUUUGCGAUGCACAUCAUCCAGAGAAACACUUCAACAAACCUCCCUGAAGGUCCUUACAGCGCCACCUCGGCCGUUCGAGAUCCUAGCCAUCUCCCUAUGGGCCACCAUAUCUGCUUCUCCGUCUCUAACUUCGACUCCUUCCUUCGUUCUCUCAAGGAGAAAGGGAUAGACACUUUCCAGAAGUCUCUUCCUGAUGGAAAAGUCAAGCAAGUUUUCUUCUUUGAUCCUGAUGGAAACGGAUUAGAGGUAGCAAGUCGAUCUGAGUCUUGAACCGGGAACUUUGUGGAUAACUACACAAAGUGGUACCACCGGUCCAUCUUCCCCAAGAUAUUAUAGCUAGGAUGUGUGUUUCGGCUCAGCUUGUCAAGUCAUUCGAUUUAAACAUGUAAACCAUUCUGAUUUUCUUAGAAUGAUUUGUUUCCUUGUUCAAAAAAGAAAAGAAAGAAAAAAGAAUGAUUUGUUUGAGACUUUCUGUAAUACUAGGUGGUUUCCUGCACAUGGUGCAGUAAGAAAUUUUUUAAAUCUAA